AUAUAGUAAUGAACAAUAAAGCUUUGAAUGGAAUGAAUAUACAUUUAGGAGCAGCAGUAGCAGUUCUGAUAGAUUUGUAGCUGCUUGACAAUAUUGUUAUAAGCAUAUAGAGUAAAGCGAGUACAGAAAUAUUGUUUAACUACAUUUAUUAUUGACACUACAGUUAUAAUCGAUGUGUUUUGGUAGGCAGUUAACUGACCAAUUAUGUUGACUCCCUUUCUUAAUAUAAGCUGUAAAAACAUUCUUACAAUGUGCUAGUGAAAUGUUUCUACCAUUGACCACGCAAUGACUGACAGUAAGCUCUUUGACUAAAUACCACCGAUCACAAGUGCUCAACACACUAGCUGGUAGAAUUUAGUAUGUAUGAAGAUGACCUUUCAUCUUUUUAAUUGACAAACAUUCAUUUUCAAAAUUAUAUCCCCUCAAACAAAUGUCAGUGUGUCCUGUAGUCAAGUGAAUCUUUGUCGAGAUGAUUUUAAAGAAGGGUAUUUUUAUUUUUAUUUUUAUUUUUUCCUUUGUACUCAAUGAAAGUAUACACUCACAGAAAGUAUAAAAAGUCCAGGUGUUUAUUAUUAUUGAAGAAUAUUUAAUAUUUUGUUUCAUAAAAGAACAAUAAUUUAUUAUUCUGUCCUGUCUAUUCAAAAUCUUGAAUUUACUAAAACAUACUAAUAGUCUGUUGCUAGUAGUCCAGAGUUGCUUAAUUCUGCUUGGACAAUUUUUGAGGCAAGCAUGCUGAACUCUACAGGCAGAAUAUACAUUUUUAAGAAUAAUAUGAACAAAAUAGUGAAAAAUCAGCAAUGCUAAUGAUGUGUAUAAAAGUUACAAGAAAACUGGAAACUAAGAAUAACUUGUAAGAUCCUUUUUAAAAUUCACUGUUUUGACUGCUAUGAAUGAUAUUGUACAAAGUGUGUUGAAUCAAUUUCUCCAGGUUAUGAAUAUGUCAUAAUGGGCUUGGCGCAGGUUCCUGUCAAUAUGUGAAAAUUUAUAACACCCAAAUGACUAAAACUUUUUAAGGAACUUGAGUCUGAAUUUAGGUGUUAGAGUACAAUUUCCAGCAAAAAUUAAUAAGGGAUUUUUAUCAGCACUGCUGGAAAGCAGAAUUACCUGUUAAUUUAUGAACAGAGUUUAUACAAGCCUUUCGUUAACAAACGUCUUUGUCGGAAAAACGCAUUGUGUGGCAUUAAAGUCUAUAGUAAUUAACUUUCCGUGGUUUUAAAUUGAUUUAUAAAUCUUUCUAACAAAUAAUAUAUUUUCAUGCAGCAUUUAUUGUAAGAGUGUUUCCAGAACAGCUGUGGAAAAAAGGCUCAUUACAAACUGUCUGUUUUGAAUAUAUUGUGCAACUUUUCUAUUUAAAAAUUUUGUACAGAUUUAAGAAAUGACAGAUAAGGUUUGAUUAUUAUGCUGAAAUUAUUGCUUUUGAUGUAAAUUUGAUUGGUAACUGUCAAUUUUUUUGUUUAUCUUAUUCACUAUCAGCUAUUUAAAAUUUAAGAACUUUCUACUCCUGUCAGAUUCUAAAAUAACAUGGAGCACAUUCAAACAUUGGAAAGUACUUGUACUUUUUCACUGUACAAUUGGGGCUUAAUUCUUUUAAAAGGCCAAUCAACAAAAAGAAUACUCUUUCUUAUCACAACUUUUCGGGAAAAAUAAUAAUUGGCCUUCUACCCAGAUACGGCUUAAUAAAGAGUACUCUGUAGCACAAAGUUCUUAAGAAAAUUUGUUGGAUGUUUUAGUUGUUGUAUGUAUAAUAGUGAAGAUAGAGUAAAACCCCUACUGCUGUUGUAACUUGACAGCUGAUGGAUACAGUGUAUAUCAUUAUGUUAAUGAGCUAUUAAGUACACUGCAUGUGUAGCAGCACACUUUGUGAACGUUUGCAUUGUGCUGUUCAAUAUUUUGAUCUCCUCAGUAGUAUCUGAGUUUUUCAGUGAAACCUGUUUAGCACUUUCUUUAAUAACUGCAGUGCUACAGUGUGUACAUGUUUUUGCAAAAUUAUUUCAAUUUUCAAAUGUGAAUAUUAUUUUUGGACAAAGUUAAUCUUUUUUAGUAUUAAAACCUUAAUCCUGGUUGAGUUAUUACGAGCUUAUGUGUCAGAUAAAGCAAUCAAUAGGGAGGUACAUUAGUGUACGUACAGUUUACUGAUAUUCAUACACAACUUGUAUUCUCAUGUUUAAUUAACAUGGAUCAAAAUUGAUCUUAAAAUGAAUGCACAAUCAUGAGUUUUAUUUGCAUGAUCUUUUUUCAAGUUAAAACAAAAAAUAAUUAUAAGAAAUGAUUUUUCCACUCCACAAAUUUUUCUCCAAAAAAUACCCUGACCAUCAUUUUUAAAAAACUGAAAAUGUUUUUCAUUUUCUCUCCUGACAGCUAUCGCUUAAACCUUGAAAUGGACGAGAAUACUUGUUUACGUAAAAACACUAAAAGAGGGAAAGAAUGUGAUGUUAUAACGUAAGUUUGUCCCUGUGAGUUUGAGGUGGCGUAUAAAUGUUGGACAGUGUAUUUACAAUUAAAAAAACACGCAUUUACUCCUUGAACAACUGCUCAUUCCAACCUAUGUUGUAGGUCAAAAUGAAAUUCAGGUCAGCCUAAGCUGAUUCUGAAUUGCCUUUCUUUCCUAACCUAACCCAGAUUAUUCAUGAUCAUGAAUAAUUAGGAUUAGGAGACAAAGGAAAUUGAGAAUCAACUUCGGUUGAAAUAACCUGCAAAUACAGCUAUCUGUCCUUGGUCCUCAUUACUAGGGACUUCUUGUGGGAGAGGCAUCUGGGUUGUAGCCCCAGAAAUUCCAUUCUGGGUGGUGACAUAGAUUUGUCCAGAAUUUGGUCAACAAGCGCUGGUUUGCCUGUGCAAAUACCUUAACAUUGGUUCUUUCUCAAAUCAUGGCUGUUUGCAAAUAUCAUAGGGUCAAUAUUGAACAUCUCACACCAACUGCUCUAUAUCCAAUUAUCAUGUUACAUGCUUCAACUAAAAGAACACUUCAAACGUGCUAUUUUGUCAAUGUGUUUAUACAUAAUGUAAAUAAAUAUAUAAGGUAUUAUUAUUAUUAUCAUUAUUAUUAUUAUUAUUACUAUUAGAAUUAUUAUUAUUUGUUCAAUAUGCAGUAUAUAUUGAUCAUUUUGCCCCCUCUUAAGGCUAUAUGUUGCAAAAGUGUUCCCAAUGUUUUAAGUUUUUACUUUGAAUUUAUAACUACAGACUGUGCACUUCAACCUAACCAUUCAUUGAUUAUUAUUUGUAUUAUGUUCAUGAAAGACAGUAAGUUUGUGUGCUGCAGGGGAGCAAGAGAAAAAGUUAUUAUUAGGCCUUUUAUGUGUAAGCCUUUUGUUUUGUGACUGUAUAGCUACCUGUUAAUAUUAAUAUACAGUGUAGUAAUAUUGCUCUUGACACCUAUGACAUGCUGUUGAUAUUUGUAGCAUUCAAAGAGCUUGGAGAGAACACAAGCGAAGGUCUGAGGACCACUUAACACCUGAACAUGGCAGAGUUAAUCCAUUUAACAAGCCAGAUUUUGGAACUGUUACGCAGCCUGCUUAUUCUACUCCAGACAAUAAUGGUGUUCAUAUUCGGACAAACCCAUUUAUGGGUGGAAACGAGAAUUCCACUCACCAUGAUGAUGACACUCUUUCCGAUGUUUUUAAUGACAGUCUAGAGCAAGUUACGGAGGAGAAUUUAAGAAAUACUCAAGAGCAUGGACCACGUAGACAACUUUGUGAUAAUUACCAGGAAACUGAAGAUGAUAUUCUUAAUGGUGACGCACCUGGAUUAGAUUCUAUAAGCUCACCGGCAGAGCUGCCUUCGCCAACGACAGACUGGGAAUCUAUAGAGUCGUGCUUGACAUCAGAGGGAGAUACUCAAGAGUUAUUGGAUCAAACUGAACUUCUGGACUCAUCUAAUGACAGACUAAAGCAAUUAUCACUGAAACCAAAGAAUUUGCAGAUUUGUUUUGUGGAUGACACAAUGCUUAGCGAUGUUGAAGGAGAUGAAGACAGUUGUCUUAUAAAAGAGUAUAUAAUCGAAAAACAGGAGGUUUCUGACGAAGAGAAACGUGAUUCAGGCUGCGUGGCUGGUGAUGAUGAAAUGUCAGAAUCUUUCAGCAUUAAAACUGUGCCACCAGAAAUGCUGGAGAAUCAUGAAAUAUCGCAGGAGGAUUCUGAAAAGGUUUUGCUAGAACUGAGUAAACAAGAGAGUGAGGAAGACAAAAGUGAAAGUUGUUCAACUGUGAUGUUGGGUUGGACAGAAGAGCGGCUAAGCGAACUGACAAUUGGUGAACUCAGAGAACUCAAGAAAAACAUGGCUCAGUUAAUUGAAGGUAAAGUUAAAACGACUGUUGAAAUUUUUUGUUCCCAAUGUGUGGCUUCAUAGCUCAGUUGGUAGAGCAACGCACCGGUAACGCAGAGGUCACGGGUUCAAAUCCCGUUGAAGCCCUUUUUUUUUCAAUUUUUUUUUUUCAGGUUUAUUCUUUCCAAUUGCUUAAAUUGGAAAAUUUACUGCGAUGAUCAUUCUUCACUUUCAUCUACAACCGCAGUUCAAAAUGAAUUAUUUCAUAUAUACUUCACAUCUUUUCUUCUCUCUUAACAUUUUUGUUUGCUUUGCACAGUGUGAAAUCUGUAGUUUUUUGAGUCAGAGAUUUGUCAAACAGAAACUUAUUUUCUUUCUCUGCCUAGUAUUUUACAUGUAAAACACUGUAAUUUUAUCUUUACUGAGUUUUUAUACAGUUUUCUGUUUCAGCUUACUUAUGAACAGUAUAUUUCAAACCUUUGAGGUUUUCUUUACUGUACAAGACCGUGAACACCAGAAAUAUUCAUGGAAUGUCAUUGUGUUGCAAGGUGGGAGGAGCCAACCAGGUGUUGGAAAACUAAACAGCAAGCAACAUUGGAAUUAAAUUUAUGAUUUUGAGGCUUCCUCACUUCGUUCAUUUCAAUUCAUCAUAACUCAAUGAACAUUCCUAAAAUGUUUUAAGUGUUUGCGGUUUUAUUAGUUUGACUGUUGAAUGGCUUAGCCCACUUAGCCCAAGCAAGCUCUCAUGUUGAGGAGGGGAGGAUGCGAGUGGGAGACAGAUUCCUGUUUUAUUUCCCCCACACCCAGUAUGGCUAAAUGCAAAUUCUAACUUAUUCUCAUUAUAAUAUGGCUUGAAUAUGGCAGUGUUUCUGCUUGCUUACUAAUCACUUGUUUUUCUUGCGGCUUGGCUAUCAGAACUCUGCGACAUCCAAAGCCCUGUAGAGUGCUUGUCCCCAGGCUAUUACCAGUGGUCCUGUGUGGUGUAAUUAACCUAGCAAAUGGUCCCUGCAUGACUUGCAGGCAUCCCAGACCUCCUAUAUUUCCUAUUUAUCCUAUAAUUUGUAUGGGAUGCUACAAAGAGCCUAUAUUUCAAGAAAUCCUCCUAUAUUUCUUAUAAACAGGACUUAUUCUGACAUCUGCAUUUUGCACUGUGAAGCAAUUUUGUUGUGAAUUAACAAAAUCAAAAUUCUUUAACAGUGAAAAUAGAUUAGUAUUUUUUUAAUUUUUAUUAAUUUUUACAUUUUUAUUAAUUUUUUAAAUGUUUUUUUCUACAAAGAGUCUAUAUUUUGGUAGAAGAUUCCUAUAUUUUGAACUUGAACAGCCUAUUAAUUUUUCCUAUCAGAUUUUCCAAAAAGUGGCUGGGAUGCCUGGGCUUGUCAUGUGGUCCCAAUGAAUCUCACCAUGUUCUGUGAAAAGACUCAUUUUUUAAUUCUUUACAGCUCAAAAUGAAGUUCUAGUCACUGAAUUAAUGAACAGAGAUAGUCUUCAUCUGAGGCAAGAUUCACUUCUUAUGGAUGUAGAAGAUGCAUCAAAGUAA